AUGUCCCGACAGGUAGACCAGUUCAUCGACGAUGAGGAGGAAGAGCUCUGCCCCCUCUGCGUCGAGGAGUUCGAUCUCUCCGACAAGAACUUCAGGCCUUGUCCGUGCGGCUACCAGUUCUGCUACAACAAUAUCAAGACCACCAUGAACGGCCUCUGUCCCGCAUGCCGCCGGCCAUACGACGAGAAAAGCAUAGAGUGGAAGGUCAUCAGUCCGGAAGAGAUGGCCAACUACAAAGCCGACCUUGCUCAGCAGGCUAAGAAAAAGGCUGCUGCACGUCAAAAGGAGGCUCAGAAGCGCGAAGCCGACUCGUUAAGCCGUAAACACCUAGCCGGCCUGCGUGUCGUCCAGAAAAACCUCGUCUACGUCACCGGACUCAACCCUACGACGAGAGAGGAUAAGCUUCUCGAGACGUUACGUGGCGACCAAUACUUCGGACAAUAUGGCAAAAUCGUCAAGAUUGUUGUGAGCAAGGCGAAGGACACGUCGCAUCCACAGCAGUCUGUUGGGGUCUACGUCACUUUUGCUAAGAAGGAGGACGCCGCGGCUUGUAUCGCUGCUGUGGAUGGGUCUGUGAACGGCGACAGGGUUUUGAGGGCCCAGUAUGGAACGACCAAGUACUGCUCCGCCUACCUCCGCAACGAACAAUGCAAUAAUCGCAAUUGCAUGUUCCUUCACGAACCCGGCGAAGAGAGCGACAGCUUCACACGACAGGACCUCUCAUCGAUGAACGUCAUAUCGACUCAGAAUCCCAACCAGACCCGCUCGUCGUCCUCCGUCCAGCCGCAACCGCAACCCCCGCCACAACAUGCGCCGCAGUCUGUCGCCGCAGCUUCCCAGCCUAUGAGGAGGCAGGAAAGUCACGAUGGCUCGAACGGUUCUCAAGAUGGCCCUGCACUACCUUCGCACGCAAGUUGGGCCAACAAGCCUCCGCCAGCUCCUCAGCCCCGCCAUACACCACAGCCAUCGAGUGUCGCUGCAGAAAGCCCGAAGGAGAUCAGCGCGACCCCCGCCGCACCUGCUAAGCUCGAAGAACCCAAGUCUAAGAAGGCUGGUAAGACCAAGGAGCCCACGCCUCCUGCAGAACCGCCAAAGGAAAUUACCGAACAGCCUCCAGUGGAACCCAAAUUCCCCCAGUCUGAGCUGGACGAAAUCCUCAAGAACCUUUCUGGUGACAACUUAGCGUUUGUAUUCUCGGCAGUUUCGUUGAUGGACGACGAACUGCAGUUUGUCUCCAACUUUCCUCCUCUUUUUGACAUGAAUGGCGGCGAGCGGAGGAGAGUUGUGAAGGAGAAAGAGGCGGAGGAAAGGCAAAGGCUAGAAGCAGAUGCGCAGGCGCUUCGGGAAGCUGCUUUGGCGCAGCAGGAACAAGAGGAGGCCACCGGAGGAGGCAGCAUGCAACUUGGUGGCGAGCCGGAAGAACGGUCAGACGUUAGCCAUACACAGCAGCACGCGAUCCAGGCACCCGGACAACAAUCCCUUGGUGGCUCUACUCUUGGCCUAGACCAGAACUUUGGUCUUCCCGAACAGAUGGCGAACCUGGGCCUGAACCGCGGCGGCCUCACGACUCAGCAACAGCAGCAACUGCUGUUGCAGCAGUUCAAGUCGGUCAACACGCAAGCCAACAGCAAUCUCUUCCAGAGUGCGCAGGGCCAGGUCCAGCCUGGCAUGCAGGGUAACGCUGGAGGCCAUUCCCGGCACACGUCUCGCUUCACUUUCGCCAACGACGGCAACACGGCUUCUGCAAACGUCAAGCCUGUUGCCAACGCCAAGCUCAUGAAUCAGCAAUCAUCCAUGAUGCCUCCCAACAGCCACUUCAGCCAGCUCUCUCAGCAUCAGCCCCUUGGCCAACAGUUCUUCUCCAGCAGUGUGCAGGGCCCGCCGCCCGGCCUGAAGACGACUGGCACCCCUCCCAUCAGUGGAGGCGGCAUGUUCGGUCAGGGUCAUGGCUUUGCCACCAGUGGAGUGGGCUACGGCGCCAACGCCAUGGGUAGAAAUGCUCAGGAAGAUGCGAUGAGAGAGCUCCUCCGGGGUCGGGGCAACAACGCUGGCGGCAGCCAGCUGCAUGAUACUGGCAAGCGUGAGUUAAUGUUCCCUUCUUUCUUGCACCAGAAUCCUACCGCGACUUCCACGCCGAGCCCAGCCCCUGGCCUUCUGAACUUCCCCUAUGGACCUCAGCCUGGCGCAUACCAGGAUUCUGGUUCCCAGAAGCAGAAGAAGAAGGGGAAGAAGCACAGACAUGCUAACACUUCCUCCUCCGGAGGUGGUGUAGUUGAUGUUGCGGACCCGAGUAUUUUGCAGGCGAGGUUGCAUCAGGGCGGAGCCAUGGUCGGCCAGGGACUGUACGCUGGCCAGGGUCAAGGUGGGUUCUCAUCCGUGUACAACGGUGGCUUCAGCAGGUGGUGA